AUGUCUCUAUCCUCUAAACUAUCCGUCAAAGACCUAAACGUCAAGGACAAGCGUGUCUUCAUCAGAGUUGACUUCAACGUCCCAUUGGACGGUACCAAGAUCACCUCCAACCAGAGAAUCGUGGCCGCUUUGCCAACCAUCAAAUACGUUCUAGAACAGAAGCCAAAGUGCGUUAUCUUGGCCUCCCACUUGGGUAGACCAAACGGUGAAAGAGUCGAGAAGUACUCUUUGAAGCCAGUUGCCGUUGAAUUGCAGAAGCUUUUGAACAAGGACGUCACCUUCGUCAACGACUGUGUUGGCCCAGAGGCCUCCAAGGCCGUCUCUUCCGCCGCCCCAGGUUCCGUCAUCUUGUUGGAAAACUUGCGUUUCCACAUCGAAGAAGAAGGUUCCAAGAAGGUCGACGGUAAGAAGGUCAAGGCCGACGCCGAAUCCGUCACCAAGUUCAGAAAGGAAUUGUGCUCUUUGGCCGACGUUUACGUCAACGAUGCCUUCGGUACCGCCCACAGAGCCCACUCUUCGAUUGUUGGUUUCGAGCUAGAACAAAGAGCUGCUGGUUUCCUAUUGUCCAAGGAGUUGGAAUACUUCGGUAAGGCUCUAGAAAACCCAGCCAGACCUUUCUUGGCCAUCCUAGGUGGUGCCAAGGUUGCUGACAAGAUUCAAUUGAUCGACAACUUGUUGGACAAGGUCGACGUCAUUGUCAUCGGUGGUGGUAUGGCUUUCACCUUCAAGAAGGUUCUAGAAGGUACUGACAUCGGUCAAUCUAUCUACGACAAGGCUGGUGCCGAGAUCGUUCCAAAGUUGGCCGAGAAGGCCAAGAAGAACAACGUUCAAAUCGUCUUGCCAACUGACUUUGUCUGCGGUGACAGCUUCUCCCCAGACGCUAACACCAAGGUCGUCACUGACAAGGAAGGUGUCCCAGAAGGUUGGGAAGGUUUGGACUGUGGUCCAGAAUCUAGAAAGUUGUUCUCUACUGCUAUCGCCAAGGCCAAGACUAUUGUCUGGAACGGUCCUCCAGGUGUUUUCGAAUUCGAAAAGUUCGCCGGCGGUACCAAAGCUAUGUUGGACGACGCUGUCAAGGCUUCCGAAAGCGGUUGCACUGUUAUCAUCGGUGGUGGUGAUACUGCCACUGUCGCUAAGAAGUACGGUGUCACUGACAAGAUCUCUCACGUCUCCACUGGUGGUGGUGCUUCUUUGGAGUUGUUGGAAGGUAAGGACUUGCCAGGUGUUACCUUCUUGUCCAGCAAAAAGUAA